GAUUGAUUGACUCAACUGCGCUUCAUCGAUUUUACCCCGCGCAAGCUUCUGUGUAUAAUUUUUGAAAGGCGCCCAAGCACGCAGGCGCCCAGGCCAAGACAACAACCACCUCCCACACAUCUACAGAUUCUGCCAUUGACACGGCGUUUGACACGCUUCAGGUUGCAAACAUGGCCGACUCAAGCUCGCAAGCGCCGCCCACCGAGCAGGUGGAAAACCUCCACCUCGAUGAGGUCACGGGCGAGAAGAUAUCUAAGACGGAGCUGAAGAGGCGACAGAAGGCCCGCCAAAAGGCCGACGAGAAAGCCAAGAAGGCCGCUGCGGCUCCGCCCAAGCCCGCCGUCGCCAAGAAGGCUGCCGCCGACGAGCAGGAGCUCAACCCGAACCAGUACUUUGAGAUGCGCAGCCGUGAGACCAAGGCCAUGCUCGACGACCCGUCCGGCCCUAACCCCUACCCGCACAAGUUCCUCGUCGACUACGACGACUCCAAGUUCGAGGCCGAAUUUGGCCACCUCAAGUCGGGCGAUGUCGACAAGACCAAGGAGAUCGGGAUAGCCGGCCGCAUCUUCACCAAGCGCUCGGCAGGCACCAAGCUGAUCUUCUACGACAUCAAGACGGGCGCCGACACGGUGAGCACGGGCACCAAGAUGCAGAUCAUGUGCCAGGCCCAGUACGUCAAGGACGGCGGCGUCCCCUUUGACAAGCAGCACGAGCACCUGGGCAGGGGAGACAUCAUCGGCAUUGUGGGCUACCCCGGCAGGACCGCGCCCAAGGGGAAGCUGGAGAAGGGUGAGCAGGGCGAGCUUUCGCUGUUCGCGACCGAGGUCGUCCAGCUGGCGCCCUCGCUGCACCUCCUCCCCGGCGAGCGCUCCGGAUUCACCGAUAGCGAGAAGCGCUUCCGCAUGCGCUAUCUCGACCUCAUGUUCAACGACCGGUCGCGCAAGGUCAUGUGGCAGCGCAGUAGGAUCAUCAAGUACAUCCGCGACUUCUUCCACGAGCGCCGCUUCGUCGAGGUCGAGACCCCCAUGAUGACGGCCGUUGCCGGAGGCGCUACCGCGCUGCCCUUCGUCACCCAUCACAACGACUACGACAUCGACAUGUUCAUGCGUAUUGCCCCUGAGCUGUACCUCAAGAUGCUCAUCGUCGGUGGCUUCAGCAAGGUGUUUGAGAUUGGCAAGAACUUCCGCAACGAGGGCGUCGACCUGACGCACAACCCCGAGUUCACCACGAUCGAGACGUACGCGGCCUACUAUGACAUGUACGACGUCAUGGACUACACCGAAGAGCUGGUCUCGGGGCUGGUCAAGGAGCUCACUGGUGGCUACAAGACCACGUACACGCUGCAGACGGGCGAGAAGCUCGAGGUCAACUGGGAGAGGCCCUGGAAGCGCGUCAAGAUCAUGCCGGAGCUGGAGAAGCUGACGGGCAAGAAGUUCCCACCCUACGACGAGCUCCACACGGACGAGACCAACGCCUUCCUGCAGGCGCUGCUCAAGGAGAAGAACAUCGAGUGCACCCCGCCCCUGACCAACGCGCGCAUGCUGGACAAGCUGAUUGGCGAGUACCUCGAGGAGACGUGCAUCAACCCUACGUUCCUGAUGGAGCACCCUCAGAUGAUGUCGCCGCUUGCCAAGUACCACCGCACUGAGAAGGGCAUCUGCGAGCGCUUUGAGGGCUUCGUCUGCAAGAAGGAGAUCUGCAACGCCUACACGGAGUUGAACAACCCAUUUGACCAGAGGAUGAGGUUUGAGGAGCAAGCACGCCAGAAGGCACAGGGAGACGACGAGGCGCAGAUGAUCGACGAGAACUUCCUUCGCUCGCUCGAGUACGGCCUGCCGCCGACUGGAGGAUGGGGUCUCGGAAUCGAUCGCUUGACUAUGUUCCUGACGGACAACUACACCAUCAGGGAGGUGCUGGGCUUCCCGUUCAUGAAGGAUGAGAAGAACGGCCCCCCAGAGAAGUUCGCCGCCGAGCUCACAAACGUCGAGCCCCUUCCGGAGGAGGGUAUCGCCCACAAGUAAGCGGACAAAAAUAUGAAAAAAAGGAAGAAAAAAUAUCAAGCUUGGGCUUUGUGUGGUGAACAUCCAAGUCGUAAAGCAACGAGGCGAUUUCACGUCUAAAGUCAAGUCCAACCUAAAGGUGGAUGUACCUUGUAGCUGGCUAGAAGCAGAAUGAGAACAAGUGUAACAAGCAAACUGUGAGGAAAAAAAGGAGUUUAGGAUUUCACGCGUUGGGGUUCGCCUGAUGUAGGUAUGAAUGGGGAUUUUAGAAACGUAUAAUGUACAGACUCCGGAUUUUCUCUAGCCCCUGGGUAUAGACCGGAAUCCUGUGUUUUG